UCGCUCCACCCCUCGCGUGACCAAAAUUUUUCUUUCUUUCUUCAGUUUUCAGACGGUCAGACCCGCUGGCUGCUGCUUCUUCUUCUUCUUCUUCUUCAAUCUUUGAUCUUUCGCUCUUGCUCUACUCUACUCUGAUAAAUUAUUUUUAUUAUUUUGGUUUUGGGUUUAUUGAAAUUGUUGUUUUUAUUAAUUAAUAUAAUUUUGAGUGAGCAAGUAAAAACUGAAAAAACCCCCAAAAUUUUCCCCCAAAAAAAUCGCUACUCGCUGAGAGAGCGUGUAAGACCCCAAACCCUAAAAACAUUUCUCUCUCUCUCUCACACACAUUUCAUUUCAAACCAAACGCUCUUUCCUCACUCGCUUACACUCGCUCCUGCUUCUCCGAUGCUAUUCACAGCAAACAUACCCUAAAGCAUGGACAAAAUUUAGAUGCACGACACAGGUCUUGGAAUGUGAAUUGGAGCAAGAAGGGACAAGCUGUGCAAGAUUCAAGGUUUAGAUUGUUGGAAGGGUCCUAAAACAUUCUCUAAUCCUGGAUAAUCAUUUGCCAGACGUAAUUUACUGACAUCAUGGACAUAGAUCUUAGACUACCUUCUGGUGAGCAUGACAAGGAAGAUGAAGAGCCAAAUGCGAUUGAUAACAUCUUGAAUGGUGAUGAGAAACUGCAUAAUGGAGAUAUAGAGGGUGAAAAUAUGGUUGAUGUUGGAGUCGAGGUGCGUGUUGAAGAUGGUGGGGAUUUGAAUUCUCCCAUAGUGGAUAUGGGAGUGUUUAAAGAAGAUACCAAUCUUGAGCCACUUUCUGGUAUGGAAUUUGAAUCUCAUGGGGAAGCAUACUCAUUCUAUCAAGAAUAUGCUCGGUCUAUGGGAUUCAAUACUGCAAUACAAAACAGCCGCCGUUCAAAGACUUCAAGAGAAUUUAUUGAUGCAAAAUUUGCUUGUUCUCGAUAUGGGACAAAGCGAGAGUAUGACAAAUCCUAUAAUCGACCACGUGCCAGGCAGAACAAGCCAGACUCUGAAAAUGCAACGGGUCGACGGUCGUGUUCAAAGACAGACUGCAAAGCAAGUAUGCAUGUGAAGAGAAGGCCGGAUGGAAAAUGGGUUAUACAUAGUUUUGUUAAGGAGCACAACCAUGAGCUGUUACCAGCCCAGGCUGUAAGUGAACAAACAAGAAAGAUGUAUGCUGCAAUGGCUAGACAAUUUGCUGAAUACAAAAAUGUUGUUGGUCUUAAGAAUGACCCCAAAAAUCCAUUUGAUAAAGGUCGAAAUUUGGCACUAGAGACAGGAGAUGCUAAGAUCUUGCUUGAUUUUUUCAUACAGAUGCAAAAUAUAAAUUCAAACUUCUUUUAUGCAAUAGAUCUGGGAGAAGAUCAACGGCUAAAAAGUUUGUUCUGGGUUGAUGCUAAAAGUAGGCAUGACUACAACACUUUCAGUGAUGUAGUUUCAUUUGAUACUACGUAUGUUAGAAACAAAUAUAAGAUGCCACUUGCUCUAUUUAUUGGAGUGAAUCAACACUAUCAAUUUAUGUUGCUUGGAUGUGCUCUGAUAUCAGAUGAAAGUGUGACUACAUUUUCUUGGCUAAUGCAGACAUGGCUGAAAGCAAUGGGUGGGCAAGCUCCAAAAGUAUUAAUCACUGACCAUGACAAAGCCAUGAAAUCAGCUGUUUUAGAGGUCUUUCCAGAUACUCGCCAUUGCUUUUGUUUGUGGCAUAUAUUGGGGAAGGUUUCUGAAAAUCUUGGUCACACAAUGAAACGGCAUGAAAGUUUUAUGGCAAAAUUUGAAAAAUGCAUCCACAGGUCAUGGACAAAUGAAGAGUUUGAAAAACGGUGGUGGAAAAUUCUUGAAAGAUUUGAGCUCAAAGAGGAUGAAUGGAUGCAGUCACUAUAUGAUGAUCGUAAACUAUGGGUGCCAACAUACAUGAAGGAUGUUUGUUUGGCUGGAAUGUCAACAGUUCAGCGAUCAGAGAGUGUAAAUUCCUUUUUUGAUAAAUUUGUGCACAAGAAAACCACAGUACAAGAAUUUGUGAAACAGUAUGAAUUAAUUCUACAGGAUCGGUAUGAAGAGGAAGCCAAGGCAGAUUCUGAUACUUGGAACAAACAGCCUACAUUAAAAUCUCCUUCACCGUUGGAGAAGAGUGUUUCUGUGGUAUACACACAUGCUGUGUUCAAGAAAUUUCAAGCUGAGCUUCUUGGUGUAGUUGCUUGUCAUCCUAAAAAAGAAAGACAAGAUGAGGCAAUCACUACUUUCCGAGUUCAAGAAUUUGACAGGAGUCAAGACUUCAUGGUUAUAUGGAAUGAAAUGAAAUCAGAAAUAUCUUGUAUAUGCCGGUUAUAUGAAUACAAAGGUUAUCUUUGUAGACAUGCAAUGAUUGUUCUUCAAAUUUGUGGCCUUUCUGCCAUCCCAUCUCAAUAUAUUUUGAAACGUUGGACAAAAGAUGCAAAGAGUAGGCAUUUAUUGGGAGAAGUAUCUGAACUGGUACAAUCUAGGAUGCAACGUUACAACGAUAUAUGUCAACGGGCAAUGAAACUGAGUGAAGAGGGAUCCCUUUCUCAGGAGAGUUACAGUCUUGCAAUCCGCACACUAGAUGAAGCUUUUGGAAGCUGUGUGAGUAUGAACAAUUCUAGUAAGAGUCUCACAGAAGUUGGCACAUCAGACACUCACGGUCUACUUUGCAUUGAAGAAGAUAACCAAAGUAGAAGCAUGGGGAGGACAAAUAAAAAAAAGAAUCCGACCAAGAAAAGAAAGGUGAACUCCGAGUCAGAUGUUAUGACCGUUAGCACACAAGACAGCUUGCAGCAAAUGGACAAAUUAAGCUCAAGAGCAGUAACCCUUGAUAGCUACUAUGGCACACAACAGAGCAUGCAAGGAAUGGUACAACUGAACCUAAUGGCACCAACACGUGAUACCUACUAUGGGAAUCAACAGACCAUUCAGGGGCUGGGUCAAUUGAACUCAAUAGCACCGAGCCAUGAUGGUUAUUACAAUGCUCAGCAAAGCAUGCAUGGGCUGGGACAAAUGGAUUUUUUCCGAACACCAACUGGUUUCACUUAUGGCAUUCGAGAUGAUCCCAACGUAAGAGCUGCACAGUUGCAUGAUGAUGCAUCAAGGCAUGCAUGAGACGUACCUUUCUCACUAAGAAGGCAAAGCGAAAACAAUGUGUUGAAGCAAAUGUCUCUGUAAAGAAUGAAUUGAUCAUGCUUUGUGGAUGGAAGGAUUAUGAUAGAGAACCUCUUCUUUGGCAUGUGUAAAAUAAGAUUAGAUAUAGGCUGUUGUUUUAUCUUCACCAUCUAUUUUAUAAUAGAAUCUCCCUAAGAGUUGGAAUAGAUUCUGAGGUAGGGAUUAUAUCUUUUGUAAAGGUUGUUGUAAUAUUGUAUCUGUGAUUGUUAAAUCUAGAUAGGAGUAGUUGAAAUCAGUAAAACAAAUUCCAAGUUCAUUACAAUUGGCUAAUAUGCCAUCUGUGUAGGCUGUAGUCCACAAGUUCUAACAGUAGAAAAGAAUGUUGGAACUAGUUCUCUUUGAUCCACCAUUUCUACUACCCUUUCUCCUU